UGGAGGGGGUGAUUCUGUCCCUGGACCCGAAGCCCGUGGAGGGCGACUGGAACGGUGCCGGGUGCCACUGCAACUUCAGCACCAAGGCGAUGAGGGAGGACGGUGGGUGGGAGGUGAUCAUGCAGGCCGUAACGAACCUGGAGCUGAGGCACCAGGAGCACAUCAAGGCCUACGGGGAGGGCAAUGAGAGGCGGCUGACGGGUCGCCACGAGACGGCCAGCAUGGACAAGUUCUCGUGGGCGGUGGCGAGCCGCGGAACCUCCGUGCGGAUCGGAAGAGACACGGAGGCGAAGAAAAAGGGGUACAUGGAGGACCGCCGCCCGGCGUCCAACAUGGACCCGUACGUCGUCACCUCCCUGGUGUUCGAGACCACCACACUGUGGAAGCCCUGAGAGAGACGUUGGCAUGCUAGAGAUUGAUCAGAUAGCAAGAGCAGAAUUGGAGUCGGGCAGGCCGUUUUCCUUCCUACUGGCUUUCUUCUCUGUUAGAGUGUGUUCUCAGUUUCGUAGUUGAUGCGUAGCUGAUGUAGGUUGUAGGGGAAGUGACAUUGUAUAUUACAUUAUUUUAACUUAUUUAGUCUAUUUAGGUAUGGUAUAAUAGGCAAUUGUUGGGAAACCCAGGAGCAGCAGAGGGUGUUGUAGGAGUGCAAUCCAAAAUUUUUGCUAUGUAGUUCCUCUCUCCACGUUGCUUUCGGUCUGGUGGGCUCAGUCUCCUCACGUGCCUGUUCAUCGUCGCACACACAGCUGCAUUUGUCGAGGGUGCUCAACGGUUCGGCAAACGGCAAGCUCUCCGGUACGACGAAGGGCAGAGCAGCUGUGCAAGGUGCAUUGAAUGAGGUCGUUUUCUUUUAGUGAUGGAAAAGUGACUCUAUGCGCGCUUUAGGAUUUUCGUUGCCAGCUGGACAGAAGUGGACAAGGGAGCUCGCUGAGCAGAAGAAAAAUUGUCCGCCCGCGAAAUCGCCGGAGAGAGAGAGAGAGAGAGAGGUGAGGGGUGAGGGGGGGGAGGGGGCGCGGGAGGAGGGAACAGAACAGGAAUGACACAUUUCGCGCAGCAUAGUAAGAUAGUUCUAGGCGCU